UCCCUCGAUUCUAGAGUUACUGUAGUUCAGCAUAAUCAGUUGUCAGCUGCCUCACUGGCCAUGGCAUUUGAUUGGCAGUCUGCUUCUGCAACUUGACGUUGGCAUGAUCCGCUCGUCCAGAUGCAAACAUUUUAUCCACCGCUGAAAUGCUCGCCGGACUCGCAUGUCCCCCGCCGGGGCCAUUCCAAUCUGGUAUCCCAAGCGGCAGCGGCGACAGCUGCGUCAGGGUCGGCUGCGUCCUACUGCUCUCCGCGUCUUUGGAUGGGCGGAGGUGUGGGACAAUCUGAGCGAGAGAUACGACCCCCGCGCCCAGAGCGUUCUGAGCGCUCAGGCCGCUCUGAGCGGAAGGUGCUGGUUGGGGACAGCCUUGAAGUAACCUACCAAGAACGUUUGACCAGCUUUGGAGCAGAACAGGUGCAAGAACUGGUUGCAUUGGUCGAAGCCAGGCACAUGCAAUUCAGCGCCCUGAGUUUAUGCACAGCGUUGCACAGGUUGGCGUCGACGACCAGACAGCCAGACAGACUCAGAUGCUCAGGCUUGCUGUCUACAUUGGAGGCACAGCUGCGCUCGAGACCAGAGAAGUUUAGGGCACAAAGUAUUGCCAAUGCCUGCUGGGCAGCAGCGAAACUCCAGUGGACAGCAGAUUUGCUGGAUGCAUUGUUGCAGGUUGCUGUGACAAGAAUCGACGACUUUAAGUCACAGGAGCUUUCCCUUCUCCUGUGGAGUAUGGCUUCGGCCAACGCAAGCCAUGGGUCAGCUGCAGAUGCGAUCGCGCUUGAGUUUCUGCGGCGCGGCUGCCACUCCUUCGAUGCACAGAGUACUGCGACAGUGGCAUACUCUGCAGCUGCCUUGCUGAUUGCAAAUGAACCUUUAUGGUCUGCCAUUGGCAUUGGCUCAGCGGAUCGUGUCGCAGAAUUCAGCGAUCGACAACUGGCAAACCUGGUGUGGGGCUUUGCCACAGUGUUGCAUAUAGACUGUACCGUGGUAUUCCAGCGAGUAGCACAAGAGGCCCCCGUCGCGCGGCUUGCGCCGAUUGAUUUGAGUUUGGUGGCCUGGGCAAUGGCCAAGGUUUCUCAGGGAGAACAGACAUUUUAUGAUCAAGUUGCCGACGCAGUUCUGGCCAAACAUGCAGCAUGGGCUCGUAGUGACACACGAAAUAUUGCCACCCUUCUCUACUCGCUAGCGCUUGCUGAGCAGGCUACAGGGCAUGACGCAGCUUUCCGGGAGCUUGCUGCCGCAGUGUGUGCAAGGUCCAGUGAGUUCAGUGUACAGGGCCUUACAAAUGCCGUGUGGGCCUAUGCUACUGCUUGCUAUGCAGAAGAAACGUGGUUCGCCCUGGCAGCAAGAGAGGUAUGCGUCCGAUGUGCAAGCGAGUUUGAGCCCCUGGACAUCGCCAACAGCUUGUGGGCAUUUGCAGCAGUUCUUCACAGGGACCCCGGCUUGAUUCAAAGGUUGGCAGGGCUGGGGAAGGCGAUGAUUUGCCAGAUGUCAGCGCAGAACCUAUCGAUCAGUGCCUGGGCAUUGGCGGCGAUGGAAACACGGGAUGAGGCAUUCUUCAUGCAGGCUGCUGACCCUUUUGUGCUGCGGCUUGAAGAGUGCAAGGCACAAGAGCUGAACAACAUGCUGUGGUCCUAUGCCACAGUUUCAGUCCGUUUGCCUUGGCUUUUUCUGAAAGCUGCCAAGCAUGCUGUCUCCUUGGGCCUGGCUGAGUUCAAGACACAUGAGCUUUCCAUCCUCCUCUGGGCACAUGGAACAGCUGGGGUGUGCAAUCACGGCUUCUUCGACGCUGUGGUGGAUGAGAUUCUGCAUGGCAGAGGCAUCGACAGCUGCGCGCCCAGGGAAAUUGCAAACGCCGCCUGGGCGUACAGCACCAUCAUCGGGCGCUGCCACUCUCCGUGGAUGGCUUCAGUGGCAGAAUACUCCAGAUGUCACAUGCACGAGUUCGACACCCAAGGCAUAGGCAAUGUUUUGUGGUCAUUUGCCAACGUCACCGUCUACAGCGAGUCGUUGCUUCAUGAAGCCUCCGAAGAGACAGCUCGGCGCUGCCAGGCUGGAGUUGAACCCCAGAAUCUCGCGCAGGUGCUUAGUGCCAUCAGUGCAGCGGCAAGCUUGGGACAGCCUGAAGUACAUCUGUUUCAAGUUGCCAUUGACCUCUUCAUUGCCAGCCACGCCACUGGAGCCCGUGAGCUCCUGAUUCUGGGCAAUGCUGCUUUCCAAGCACGGGAGGAAUUGCAAGAGAGAUGGGUUCGGCUCCAAGGUGUUUUGGAGGCUCGUAUUUUCCAUCCCCUUGCCCAUGCCCUGCGAGCGAGCCAUGCUGAUUGGUCAGGAAUGGAAGCCUGCAUCUCGCAGCUGGACGUUGAUCAUUUGGGAGCAGCCUUUACUGCUGAGUUCUUGACCCGCAUCCAAGCUGUAGCCUCAGCAGAGGUGCACCAAAGAGAGACUAACAGCUCUCCCUGGGUCCUGGAAGCUAUGCAGGCGUGUGCCCUGGAACGCGAGCGGGCAAUUCAAAGGGGCAGGGACGAUGCUGCGCCAGCAGACCAGCAAAAGCUGGUCCGUCAGUUGGAUAAAGUCAACAAGAGGGAGAUCGUCGCAUGGGUGUCCUAUGAUGUCACAACCCCCAGAGGCCCCCUGCGUGAGAUUGGUCAGGCGUUCAGCUGGCAAUUGGAGUCAGUCGUCAAGCAAGGCAAUGCUGCACAACUAUUGAAGCCUGUGGUUACCCGGAGUCGCAUUGCUCCCAAUCUCACAGGCCAACAUGAUCGCAGUGGGCAUGCAGAGCGGUGUGCUUUGCUUCAGGUUGCCUCUGACUGGUUGCAAUGUGACUUGGAAGGCUCAUCAGUUCAGGGCCAAGCCUUUCUGUAUGUGACGCACUUUCCAUGCAUUUCAUGCAUGUGUAUUAUUGCUCAAUUCGCUCGACACUUUCCAAAGAUUCAAUUACAUUUGGCCUAUUCAGAUGGGCGGACAACAAAUAUUCAGAGAUUGAAACAAGUGAAUAUUCAAGAACAUGAUUGCUAG